AUGGCGUUAGAUAUCCAAGAUAGAAAUCCUGUUGUGCAAGGAGCUCCACUGAUGAAGCCCAAUGAUCGACUAUUUUGGGUUGCAGUUCAAAUACUUUGUAGCUAUGUAACUCUCUGUCUAUACGCUCUUGUGACACAGCUAGGAACAAAUAUGAAAACAACCAUAAUUGAAGAAAGGGUAGCUACAGCUUUAAAGAACAUUACACAAAAAAGGCAUGAUGAUCUGUCAAGCGGACAAACUACUCCAUAUGAAGGAUCUUCUCCAGUUCAUUUUCUUCGCAACUAUGUAACUCUCCCUCUCUACGCUCUUGUGACACAGCUAGGAACAAACAUGAAAACAACCAUAUUUGAUGAAAGAAUAGCUACAGCUUUGAAGAAGUGGCACCAGAGAGAAAAGAAGAACAUUAGACAAAAAAGACAUGAUGAUCUGUCAAGUGGACAAACUACUCCAUAUGAAGGAUCUUCUCCAAUUCAUCUUCUUCGCAAGUAUCUAAGUUCAGGAGACUUAGAAAGUGCUCAAAAUUUAGGGCAGGUUGAAUAUGAUAUUGAAGAAGAUGCACCCUCCCCUUCUCACCACAAUGCUAAUGAGAAUUCAAAUGAAGAAAUAGAGGAAGAGAAACAAGAUGUUCAAACACUUGGGUUUGAGUUCAGCUUUGAUCAUUUUCAAAAUGAAAAUAUAAACAACAUUAUCUAUGCUUCUCACAAGGAGAGUGAAUCAUGUAAAGAGGGCCGUUAG